AUGGAUCGCUCACAGCCAGCCUCGUCCAAUUUGAUGGACACCCACAACCGUCUCAUCGCCGACAUCCUCACCCGCUACCGCACCCUCAUGAUGCUCGCCACCGUCCAGGCCGAGCAGGACCGCAACAACGCCAAUCCCGAAGCCAUGGCCGUCACCGGCAUAUCCAUCAAGAUGGAAUUUGAUGGCUUAUACACCUCCAUCAAAGAAUUCCUCACCCUUUCCCGCAAAAUCAAAGAACUCUGGAUCUUCGGCCCCCUCGGCACCGAAGACCAAGGCCGAAAGGCCAAAGAGGAGCAGCUCGACCAAGACGUCAACCGAGUGUAA